AUUUCGAGCAAUUUUCAAGAUGGCGAGAAAGCGUACGCCACAAGAAACAUGUAAAUUUUCACUGCCGUGUAACAUCAUUAUUGCUUGGAUAGCAUGACCGUUUCCCACGAAUUCAUAUUUCAUAGACUGUGCAACGCCUCAACAUUUUUCUUCGUUAAGGUUUUCUAAAGAAUAAAAGAUGGCAGAGAAUCUUGUAAACGGAGAUGCCGACAAUACGGUUCAAGCUGCAUUAUUGACCAUCAAUGCUGCUGGUGCACUAGAAACCACAUUUGAUACGUGUACUUCAACUGAUAUUGAAGGGGAGGAUGUGGAGAGGGUGAAGCGUAAAUCGCACCAUGCGGAGAUUGAGAAAAGACGAAAGUCAAAACUCAAUGAGGGCAUCAACAAACUCAUUGACAUUCUCCCAAAACAAGAUGCCAGAAGAAGCAAAGUACAGAUCCUUGAAGAUACUUACAAUCUGGUGGUUGAGCUUCAGAAGAAAUGCCAGCAGCUUAUGAUCCAAAACGCACCAGAAUCAGAAGGUAAGCUUUAAUAUUGAUUGACACUUGAAAGCCUAGUCAAAACAAAAAGUUCUUUUGAACAAAAAGCAAUAAGAAUAACACUGACAAUUUAAUCAAAAUGGGAUAUGAGCAACUAAGUUUUGACAACUUAGUUUUUCUUUCUUUUCAGGGAUGCCUUUUUGCAGACUAAAUUCUGAGUUCAGACUUUCUCAAUAUAUUUUCCACCAUAGAAAACAACGUUUUCAUGUAGGCAAGGGGUCAGAUAUGAAAAAAGCAACAAGAAUAACACUGACAAUUUAAUCAAAAUGGGAUAUGAGCAAUUAAGUUUUGACAAUUUAGUUUUUCUUUCUUUUCAGCGGUGCCUUUUUGCAGACUAAAUUCUGAAUUCAGGCUUUCUCAAUAUAUUUUCCACCAUAGAAAACAAUGUUUUUAUGUAGGCAAGGGGUCAUUCUAGAUGAUUUUCAGACCUUUUUUUUUAAUCAAUUCUAAUUGGCAUCCCUGUAUUUUACAAGACAGUUUUACAGUGCAGGUGAUAAGAAAAUGAGAAUUUUACUCAUAAGCUGUAUGAUAGUCUGGCUUACCCAAUUUGUGAGCGUCUGAGAAUUGUCCUUUAUUGCCCUGCUCAUCGGCCCGAUUUCUUUGAUGAUGACACCUCUGUACAGUAUGUCAACAGACUUCUCAUUGUACAUGUAUGCAUUUGCGUAGAAAAGCUUCAUUACUUUCUUAUUUUUCAGAAAAUAAGUCAAAUCUUCAAAAAGGACUGGAAAAUAACAUUGAAAUCAUUUCCUGCGCCAAUUGAUAAAACCUUCUGCUCUAGAAAAUAUUUCUGACAGAUUUGCCAUUUGUCUUGUGUGCCGGUUUUCCUUUGUAUCUUUCAUUCAAAUGUAUUACAAAGUUUGUCUGAUAUUGCACUUUUGUCUGACAUGUCAGUCACGACCAAUGUAAUGCAAAUAAGAACCAAACAAAUUACAAAUAGUAUGGUCUAGAGCUGUAGGUUUCUAUACAUUGAAGCACUAAAUUUUGAUACUGUUUUCCCCAAUAUUCAAAUUUCUAAUAUAGAAAACUAAAAACUCAAAUUUUCUACAUUUACUAAAACAUUCGAUUAUAUAAUUGUAUACAAUCACACAAGAUGAUGUCAUAGAAUCCUGGCCGUUGUAUGAAAGUACAUGAACUUUCAUGUAGCCAAUAUUGCUUGUCAAUUCAAUUUGCUUCUAAUAAGAUCUUUGAGCAUUAAAUUUCAAGUGGAUAAGAUUCCAUUGAAGAAGCUUGAAUUUAUGAUUUCAUUAGGAUACAAUUUACAUUCAAGAAAUACAAAUAUAUGAAUUUUUUUUUUCUCCUCUGCAGUUGAUGAAAUCAAACGUCUUAUGGAAGAGAAUGCCAAGCUGAAGAAGGAAAAGGAAGACUGGUCGGAAUUUCUGAAAACCAUGAACAUCAACACUGACAUUAAAACUCACAUGAAAGCUGUUAUGCAGGGUAAAGGAAAGAGAAAUUACAAAUCGGAACCCCCUCAAGAACAGCUGUUGGGGAGCAGUCAGAACUUAGGAGCCGGUCAGAACAUUAUCAUCCAAUCUCCUACAACUGCAGUCAUGGGUUCUCCUAACCUUGUUACAAUGCCUACGAAUCAGAUGACGAUACCCAUCGCGAGUGGGAACAGGAUGGAUGGCAAUGUCAUGCAGGGCGGAGGUAAUCAAGGUGGAAUGCUGCUUGUGACUACAAGCAGGUCAGGAACCGAUUCCAAGCCAUCGUUGACCUUAGCAAACAAUCAAAUCAAUGUGGUUGGCAAUGAAAGACCAGAAGCGGAGGGACAGUCGCCGCUUCCAAAGCCGGUGGUCCAAACUGUAGAAGACAAUGUUGUGUCUGCCACGAGCCAAGGCGGGCAAGGCAUCUCGGCAAUUACCUGCACGCAUGAAGCUUCAAAUCAGAGCUCUGUGGGACAGGUUAAUACAACAACUGCAGAAUCAAAGAAUACCACGGCUGUAACACAGGUCAUAAGCACCCCGAUCACCACACCAGCAUCACAGAACCAAGUCCUCCUGCAGUCUGGGACAGGGGGUGGUGUGAGGAUAGUUCAGCAACCACCAGUCCAGUCGCAAGGUCAGACUGUGCUGAUCCAGUUACCUGGUCAACCUGGGCAGUAUAUCCCUGUUCGAAUCGCACCACAGAUGAAUCAGCCACAGCAGGUGAUCCUUACCUCUCAGCAGGGCGUCAAUGUCGUUGGGACUCGAGGUAGUGCAAUCCAACCCAAGACUCCAGUGAAGAAGAAACAACCUGCACAGCCAAAAUUAAAGAACCUUUGCCCUCUCCCACCAGACUCCCGUAAGCCAAACUCUCCCAUAGCCUCCCAAUCCAGCGUGCAACCAAUAGCUCCUAACACUGUCACUGUGAGAUUACCGAUGAACCCUACUGCCAAUCAACAAGGUACGGUUGUGAUGACCAGUCAGGGUCAGGUGAUCCUCCAACAGCCUUCAAAUACGAUCCUUUCAGGUGGUGUGAACAUGCAAAUGCCCAUGCAGGUGGUCCCUAAACCUCCUGUAACUCAGAACAUUGUGUACAUCCAGCAGAAUGGACAACUCAUACCUGUCAUCUUGCAGCAAAACCAGAGUAAUGUCCAGCAGGGUGUUCAACAAGGUGUGCAACAGACGAACACCAUUAUUCAACAAGGUCAGCAGCAGCAACAUCAACCACAGCAGCAGCUAAAAAUGCAGGGGUCUGAAAGUAUUGCCUCGCAACCUGUUCAGUCUGCUGCCACAAUGGAAAGUGCUGGCAACCAAGUUUCUGCAUCGGUAUCUGGAGCUGCCGUUGCCUCCGGCGGCAUUGCCAUGACCCAACCUGCUCCUAUUGCUUCUAGCCAGGCACAUCUAUUAGAUGGUAGCACCAUCCCAGCAUCUUCCUCGUCCAAGGUGGUUUCAAAUUCCUUUCAGGGUAAUGACCUGAUGACCUCUCUUGCCAUUGAAACCACAUCAACUCAUAUUGAUCAAGGAAGAGGGCAAGGAAAUAGUGGCUUUGCUGCAAAUGACAUCCUGGCCAAAGCAACCGAGAGCAUUUUCUCCACUCAUUCUGAGACAUCUCCCAUGCAACUUGGAGAUCUGCAUGAUUCCCAUGGUCAUGCAGCCAAUCAGUCAGUGAUCAAAAACACAAAUGGAAUAUUCGGUCAUCAAACAACUCAACCAGGAAUCGAGAUCUAUGAUCUCCCAGAUGAGAUGGAUACAUCCUCCAGCAAGGGCAAACACAAGAAGAAAAAGAAGAAAAAGUCAAAGUCCAAAGAGAAAGAAAAGAAAAAGAAAGACAAAGACAAGGAUAAAGACAAAGAUAAGGAGAAGAGUAAGAAAAUAAAUUUUCCUUUGCCUACUGUUCCAAGUUCUGAUAAUAAUGCAGAUAUUGGUGAUGAUCAAGAGAUGGCUACUGAAGCAUUAUUGGAGAGUCUUAUGCAAGAAACCCUGGGAACAGGAGGCAUUGAUGAUAGUAGUAAUACAGAGACUGUGAUGAAACUUUCCUCAAAUCCAUCAUUACAUAGUAAUAUCCCAGUGUCAUCGAAUGGUAAUGUCCAAAUUUGCAAUUAUUCAGCAGCAGCCUUAUUGAACUCAAAUACACGGGAAACUUUAGCAGGGAAUCAGAAUAAUACAACACAAGUGUCGUCUGCCACUGUUUCGUCAUCAGAAACAAAUGGGCAAGCAAUCUUCAGUUCAUUCAACGACAUUCUCAGCAAUUCAAUGAGUGUUAGUGGCCUUCCAACAUACAUAGAUGAUGAGGAAGACAUAGUUCCUGGAAACAACUCUCGUGAAGGCCCACCCUGUACAUCAACAGCCAGUGAGGACGUCCCAACCUCAUUAUCUGUUGUCACAUCAAGCGCCUGUACUCAGAACCAGCCAAGUAAUUCAUUGUCUCUGUCAUUGCCUCAGAGCACAGAUAGGAUGAUUCCAAUCGAACAAAAGACGCCAGAUUCAUCCAAAGUAGCAACUACGCCUACUUCUGAUGGCUUCCAAAGCUAUAUGUCACCUACCAGCUUCCCCUCGAUCAGUAGCCUUUUAGAGCAAACUACCAGUGCAGAAAGAGAGGCUUCCAUUUCAUCACUUCCAUCAAGCACACAAAAGGAUGAUUCUCCUACAAGUGGAUUUACACCAUCAUCAAGUUUACCUUUCCAACAUGGCUGGAUCUCACAUCACUCCAAAGCUUCAGAGUUAGCUCGGGGAAUACAACCAGCGAAAUCACAUUCUCCAGUCAGCACACCCUCCCUGAUGAGUUCAACAAGCACAGCGCUGGCUACAUCCACAAGCAUGGCUGUGAGUACUUGCCCAUCUGUAAAUAUCUCACCUCCAAACACGUCAUUGCAGAGUUCAAAUAUGGGUAACGGAAGCAAAUCUUCACCUCCACUUAACCUCCUCUCACAGCCUUGGUUGAAUCCCUCAACGGAUAACCUGUCAGAUGCUGCAAGCCAGCCAGACUUGGGAAGCACCAGCUUGCAACAACAGCAGCAAUUAGUAGAUAUUCUCCAAGGAUUCUCUGGCACCAAGGUGUCUUUAGCCUCUCAGGCCAACACAGAGGUCAUGUCAAAUACACAGGAUAUUCAUAGUUCCCUACCCAAGUCCCAACCCUCACUGGAAUCAUUGUUUGGUUUGCCUCCCUUUGGUGAAACUCGACAGAGCACUCAGACGGUGUCAAAUGGGGAUCCUUUCCAAAGCAUUUCAAGUAUAAUAGAUUCAAAUAAGACCAGAUCCACUCCCGUCACCAGGGACAAUUUCCUAGGACUUCCUCCGUAUUCCAUUCAAACUACUACUAGUUCUUCCGCCCCGGUUAUGGAGCAGACUUCAGUUUUCCAAGAACCUCCUCUAGAUCAAAGCAGGCAUUCAUCUUCUAGUAGUUCAUCAAAGCCAAGUAAUGCACCACCAAGUUAUUCGCUGAUAAAUCGGGUGACAGCUGUAGUAGAUAAAUACAAUGAACGGAAAGCCCCUACUGCUGCCAAGAAUGUUCCGAAAGUGCCUGACAUAAAUCAUGUAGAAAGCAAUCCAGCAAAUGAACAAGUGUUUGAAAAUGUAACCCAGGAGAAAAAUAGGACUGUUUCCGAGAUUGGACCAGUUACCAGCAAUAGUCAGAGUCGCUACGUUCACCCAAAAAGCAGAGCAUUGGCAUCUGUUGCCAUGCAAGAAUCCUCUCCUGCAGUUCAAACAAAUAGCAGUAUGUUUGGUGCAGAAAAAUUUCCCUCUGUACCUCAAGUGAAGCAAAGGAACACUAAUCAGAAAAAUGUAAAUCCGAAGAAGUCUCAGUUACCAGUGAAAAACUUUUCAACGGCAACUCUCCAUAGAACACUUACUGCUGAUAUUUCAGAAGAAGGUGGCUCGGAAAAGGACCAGAAUGAGGAAUUGGUAGCCCCCUUGCAGCCAGAACCACCACAGGAAGCAUCCCAACAAUUGCCAUUUAUUACAGUACCGGAGCAGCCUCAACAUCACUCACAACAGCCUGCUGUCCAGUGUGUACAACCUGAGGCAUCAGCUCCACAGCCGUCCACCAAAACAAAGAGCAAAGGUUCAAAGAAACGACAGAAAGAAAAGCCACCAAUCGAACCUCCAAAGCCAACGGAUGAAGAUAGUGUUGGGAGGAGAGAACUUGACAAGUCUCUAGUCAAUAGGUUCCCUUGGCUUGCUGAAGCUAAUGGAAAGUCGGGUGAUAAACUGGCAGGGGGUACGAGCCAACAGACAAGCAAUACUAAUCCAUCAGCAUUUAGUGUCCAGAGCAUCUCCCAAAGUUCUUCAAAGAGCUCUCUGCCGAAGUCUAGAGGGAAUCCAAUUCGUGCAGAAGUUGUCCAGAAUCCACCUCCGUAUCCUUCAAGAUCUCCUGCAGUUUCAGCAGAUUCUCACAAUCAAUCUCUUUGGAAUCCCUCAAGUUUUGAUUCUAAUCCUCCAGUAUCUUCCGCUUCAUCUUCAAUGAUCUCCCCCAAGCAAACCUCACAGGACAGGACUCAAAGGCACCACCCCCUCAGCUCUGCUGAUCAAAGCCAUCAAAACAAUCCAAAUUCCAUGAACACAACUCUACAAAAUAGACAAAGUACUGGAAACAAUAGACCUCCAAUGUAUCAAGCAUCAAGUUCAAAUGAUGUCCAGGCAGCUGUCAAUGCUGCAGUCAACAAAGCAACACAGCAGGCACUUCUAGCAAGAAGCAUGGCAGGAAAUCCUGCAGUUCCAGAGAAGAGCAGAAAUGUUUCUUCGACGAAGAAAAGUUCACAGCGUCCAAAGGCCGGGGGUCCUAGUCAGAUCUUGAGACAAUCAGAUAUAGAUGAUGGUCUUGACUUCUUGAACUCUACAUCGACCAGUUCUAACUUUCCAACCUCAUUGUCCUCUGUCAAUAUGGAUAUUUUUGAUAAUUCCUUGGGGAGUUCCUCUAUGAUAUCUAGGCCGUCUGAGCAACCUAGCCAACGAUCUGGAGGUCGAUCACGACCUGCAGACAAGCAAUCCAGAGUUGAUACCUCUAAUCCCAACACUCUGUUACAAAGUGACUUUUCUAGUGUUCCCCAAGAUACAUUCUCAUUCUCACAGUGGAAUCUAGAACCUCAACAGACUGAAGAUAGGGAAAAUGCGAGAGGUAAUUCUCAAAAGAUGCAAGAACUUGCUUCUCCCCCUAUGCAGCAAAUGCAUCAACGUGGAGGUAAUAACUGUGUGAAUGUAAACUUUGGAGAUUCCUCAAAUCUUGGGUCUGGUGAUGAUCUAGACUUCUCAAGUUUGCCUUCCUUUCCAUCUAAUCAGCAACAGCAGCAGCAGCACACUCCAUCUGAUAGACAGACUCCUCAAAACCAAUCCUAUUCAGUACCAAGUGGAAGGUCUAGUGUGGCAUCUAUGGAACCAAGUCCAAUGCAGCCUAGUCCUAUGAAUUAUAAUGUACAGGAAGGUAGCCAUAUGUCACAGAUAAAUGAGAUGCCACAUUCAAACUCUAGCAGUAGAGGUCCUCCUAGUGUUGAAACUCCUUCUCAGCAGCAGAGGAGAAUGACACAGUCUCCUAUGGUUCAGAGUAGCCACCAAGGACAAGGGAUCAAGAGAGCAGCUACAGAUGGGCAUCACUUGAAUGUGGCCAAGAAAGCACAUGGUGCGAUGCAUUCUGGUCGCAGAGCUACCCAACAAUCUAAUCCUGAGUCAAGGCAUCAUUCUUCCAUGCACAAUAACCCACAGUCCCAAGGCCACAGCAAUUUAAUGCAGUUUCAUUCAUCCACUUCCAAUACGCCCAACCAGUCAUCUGAAAGUGUCUUUGCAGGCGGGGAAGUCCAGCGAAUCACGUACCCAUCACAAGGCGGAGGCGGGAGAGUACAAGAAAGCAGUCGAACCAAGAAGCGAGCCCCAAACCCUUCAGACAGUAUUUUUGCUCGGGAUCCGCACGAGAUUGAUGGAACUCGCAGUACGUCCGUAUCUCUGCUGCAAGAUAACUGGUUUGGUAGUUCAGCUCGCAUAAAUACAACUAGUAGCAAUGAGACUGCACCACCGACAUUCCUGCCCAAUUUCCCCAGCUCUCAGACUUCCCAGGGCCAAUCGGAGAGUGUUACAUCAUCUUCGUCCACUAGUUCAUCUCUCAUUUCAAACAUCUCACCUUCUCGACGGUUGAGACAGAACGAGAUGCCCACCUACCUCCCGUCCCAUCUCCCAGGACCCAUUCUUCCAAGUCCUCCACAAACCAAAGGAAGUCAUACGCGGGAGACGGACAUCGCUUCCUUCAAUCCCAUGUUCACACCUUCCCGGACAGCUGGCAUUCACAGCAUGACUGCCAAUUUCCCAGUGUUUCACGAGCACCAACCUCCAGGCGGCUUCAACAUCGCGAAGUCCAACCAACUGCCAGGUAGUGUCGCCCAAACCCCUUUCAACUUCAAUAACAUUUUUAAUGAAUCCUCCCAAGUGGCCUCGAGCACUCAUGUCACAGAUGCUCAAACGUUAAACCACAGCAUUGGCUUGACCCCAACCGUCCACCUCCAUGGGAAUGCGUCGCUGCCCUCGGAGGAAAGUGUGCUUCAUGGGAACAUGAGUCAGAGACAUCCUGCUCAGCCGUUUGGUCUGUUGGCUCAGAAUCGCCCACCGAUGGGAGUCCCAACGCCGAUGGGUAGGCCUCACCAUCAGUUUCAUAGCUCUUCUUUCAUGCACCACUACUGAAUAAAAUUCCCAGGGCCCGGUAAAUACAAAGGUUAUUGAAUAAUCGCUAAUUUGAAAGAUCAAUUCUGAUUGGUUCUUAGUCAGUCUACUGAGCAAAAUGUGCAUGGGAGGAUGAUCUUGAUAGGCUAUUUCAUUUAGCAAUUAAUCGCUAACCUUUUUUUUACGGGGCCAUUAUUAUUGUAUGACUGCUAUCUUUAUUCAUCUGAAAUAUUAACUGCCAAUCAGUUGAAACUGGUGCUUUGAAAGAAAUAAUCAUAUUGUAAUAUUCCCUUACAUCCUGUUUUCACAAGAUGAGGUAAAUGAAGGGGCUUUCGAUUUUUCACUCAGUCCCUUCUGAUUUGUCCACAGGGUGCUAAGUAUUUAUGCAUUUUCACUUUCAGGCUUUUUAUCCAGGUUAGAUACUGUAGCACCGAAAAAUUGUUGAACAAAAAGUGAUUUUUUUUUGGCGAGAGAAAUUGAUUCAAUCGAUUUCCAUAAACAAAAUUGUCAUAAACUUUUUCCUAAUUACAACAUGAACCCAUUUACCCAAAAUGCACAUGGCUAGUUGUUGACACAUAAAACUGCCAUGUAUUUAUUUCGCAGUGCGACAGUCUUUAAUCUUCAUUAAAGAACAGGAUUUCUGCUAAAUUGGGCAAUAAAUAGUUACCAGAUUUCUUUUCAAGUAGAUGAUAUCAUUAGCUUCACAUUUUGAACAUGUUGUAUGGAUUCCCCAAGAGACUUCAUGAGCUUCACAUUUUGAACAUCUUGUACGGAUUCCCCAAGAGGCUUUAGCCAAAGUUGGACUAAAUGGGAUACAUCUGAAAAUCUCCUUUAUUAUUUGAAUUAUCCAUGCAUUAAUUCUUUAAAUUUUGAAUAAAACAACUUAUUGAUCCUUUUUAUUAUACGCAUGAAACUGUUUAUUUUUCUUCAUUGAAAACAUUUGAUAUUGGACUUGCAGAUGUACUGUAUGUAUCAUUGAUAACGGUCAUUCGAAAUUUUAGUCAAUGGAAAUUAAUGUGUGUGAUUAAAUUUUUCUGUAUGUGUAUAGAAAAUUUCAAUUAUGAAUGGAGUUACGGAAACAUAAACUUGCUAAAUGAAAAUGAUUAUUUCAUUUUAAUAUGGUUUCGAACAAAUCAAAAUCAAGUUUUUUUGAUACACAAAAAAUUGUUGAAGAUUAUUUUUUCUCGGAGCAUUAGUAACCAUGAUUAUUGUGAUAAUAUUUUCAUUGUUGACGUUAUGCCGUAUUUUAUGUAAAUUUAUUUAUUUAUUUUCACAUGUUGAUACACCUAUAGCACCUGUUAUGUGUAGAAUUUUGUUAUGUAGUUAUACAAUUUAAAGAUAAUUUAUACAAUACUAGAAAAUUAAAUUGAUCUGCAAGUGACCUAACGGUGCGAGAUUGUCAGAGAAACGUUAGCCUAACAACGCAUUUACAUCUUUGGGAUUGUGAAGUCAAAACAUUUGUUUGAAUGUGUAAAGUAAUGCAUUGUUGUAACAUUAGGUAGGCAUCACUGCCACAUUAGUGGUUGUAACUGGGCCUCUGUCAGCGCUAACAACGUUUCACUGCGGUCAGUUCAGAACCAAAAGACACAUUGUCAAAGGCUUGUUUUGGACUGGGAAUCCGCAAACAUUCUCAAACUGCAUCAUAUGGAAUUCCAAAGCGAUGACGUCAGUUGCCAUGGUGUCAUGGCGGCCUGGUUCUAAACAAAUGAUCGCUCUAUAUAGCGGGUGUUUCUCAUAGGAAUAAAUGGCUGUUAUUGGAAUUUCAUCGCUUGCAGACGAGCCAAAUUCAUUGCAGCAAAACGCAAAUCGAUCAACAUCGUUUUGAUCACUAAAUGGCAUUAAAAAUUGAUACCAACUUUAUCGUCUUAAUCCAUUUUUGAUUUUCACUUUCAUCUUUGGGAAACCUAUGAAAUCUGCAGUUGCUUACAACCAGGGACAAAACACAUCACCAUUUUUGCAAAUACAAAUGUGUAUAGACGAUCGUCACCUGCGACUCUGUUUAGAACCAGCAGGUUCAAUGUCAUGACAUUGUGACGUCAUACUUCGGUACUCUAUUAAAAACAAAUUUGAGUAGCAGGAAAGCUGCUAUGAAAAGAAGCAUAUACAUGUAGUCUUAUAACAGGAUCUCCACUUAUAGAGAAGGAACAGAGUUUUGACAGUGUGCCUGUAGACACAUCUGUGUGUUGAUAUUCCAACCAUUACUUUUGUAGAAUAAGCCAGUAUGUACAUGUAGUUAGUAGCUUUUGAGCAAUAUUUAUUGAAUGACCUUCUCCAUUUUACAUUAGGAUAAACACUAAAGACUUUUAAAUUGAGGAUGUGUACAUGUAAGCUUUCAAACAGCAUUUAGUGGUAUUCCCGGUCUUGAAAUCUUCAAUCUACACAAUUUUUAAAAGAGAUACUAAAACACGUUUUAAGGGUGCAGCUAUGUUUUUAUUUUUUUAUUGCUGAAAAAAUUAUGUUAUGUAUUUUAUUGAGAUUAUGCAAAUUGGUGCAUGUAUUUUUAUUUUGGUAUUUCCUUCAAAUGAGGACUUUUUUUCAUACAAAUCUUUUGCAAAAGUUGGUGUGAACCUUAUUUGACAUUGCUGUUUAUGAGAUUAUGUCAGACUCUAGUUAAUUAUUCUAUUUAUUUUUUUUUCCUAUUUUUUAUGCAUUUUAAUUUUCAACAGCCAUUUUUCACAUUUAAUACGUACUAACACUUGGGUGGUAAUUUUAUUGUAUUCGGUUCGAACUAAUUUUGAGAUCGUUACCACAACUGUUUAAUAUUUAUCUUUAAGACCGUAGCUCAUGUCGCGCCGCCCUGAUGUACUUGUUUUUUUAUUUUAAUCUCAGAAACAGCACUUGAGCACAGAUGUUAUUGCAAUAGAUAUGUUAACCUAAAUGUACAUGUAAAUUGCAGAAUGAAACAAUUUGUAUUGUUGCCUAUUUAAAGGUUUUAAAGGUAAUUAGCUGGGCAAUUCCAUAAAAUGAUCAACCUCUUUGUACGUCCGACCCCCAUUUUUCUCAAGUUUUACUUCACUUAAUAAACUGACCAAGUCAUGGCCCUGUGAGUACAUUACAGACUGUCAAAAGAACAAGAAAUCAGAGACAGAAAAUUUAAUGAAGGUCCAUAGGGGGUUGGAUGUUCAUAUUUUAUGGAAUUGCCCAGCUGCUUACUUAAGUGAUCACGGGAGGGGGGGGGGGGGGCUUUGCAGAAAGAUGUUUGUUUAAACCCAACUGAAAAUAAUCAAACGCAAGUUCUACAUAACUUAAAUGCUUGUUUUUGAUUUGUUGAAAAUCAAAUUUUGUUUAAUUGAGUUACGUUUGAUUACCGAUCACUCUACAACAGGCCCCUCAUGUAGUCCGGGCCGGUCAUACACAUGUACAUUCUAGCAACAUUAGUCAGUGAGAAUUUUUGUAAUUGUAAUUGAUUGUAAUUGAAAUGGUUUAUUAAGAAAACUUCAUCGCAGCCGAAGGCUGAAUUGCGAAAUUCUGUACAAGGUAAAAUACAAAAUAUAUACAAUAACAGUGACUAUAACAAAAUGACAUGUAAAAGUAAUAAAAUAAAUGUUAUAUGUUG